AUUCAUUGUUUAGUUUUUAACUGAAGAAGACGCUAAAAGGUUGAUUGAAAAUUUCCAUCACAAUAUUUUUUAGGUUUACAUUUGUUAGUUAGACUUUGUUUCAUUGAGAGUGAUAUUAAGAAAAAGAUAGAAAAGUAUGUCUAUCAAGGUUGGAGAGGAUAAAAUUCCUUACAUUGAUUUAGGAGAUGGAUACAUCAUUCGAUUAGAGUAUGAAGAUCUUUCAGAUGAAAAGUAUAUUGAAAAGGCUAAGACAGAGUUAAGGGAAUCCCCAGAGAAUAUCGAAAAAGGUUUACACGAACUCAGACGAUUGAUCGAAGCUGAAAAAGAUUUCACAUUUCCAAAAGAAGCUGAUGUGUUUCUUAUGACAUUUUUGAGGCCUUGUAAAUUUUAUGCUUCCAGUGCUUUUGAAAAGAUGCAAAAAUAUUUCAAAUUCAAGUUAAAACAUAAGAAAGUUUGUGAAAAUAUCAAUGUGAAAUCAGUCAGCAAUGUCUUUACUGAGGAUUUAAUCAAAUAUCUGCCUUUACGUGACAUUAAUGGAAGAAGAAUUCUUUAUUUAAAUUGUGGAAAAAAAUGGAAGCCAUCUCGUGUAACACCAAAUGAUAUAUUCCGAGCAGUUCAAUUAAGUUUACAUGCUGCCAUGGCGGAACCGAUGACUCAGGUCAACGGAGUUACAGUUAUUCUUGAUACGGAUGGAUUGUCCAUAAGUCAAAUUUGCCACUUCACCCCAUCGUAUGCCGCAAUGGUUCUUGAUUGGUUGCAGAAUUGUAUCGCAGUCCGAUUGAAGGCUAUCUACAUUGUCAACAACUCUUAUAUUUUCAACAUGCUUUACGCUGUUUUCAAACCUUUUAUUGGAUCGAAGUUAAGGAAACGAAUUCAUUUUUUGAAUAAAGAUUGGGAAACGUUAACAUCGAAAGUUGGAGAGCAUGCAUUGAGAAAAGAAUUUGGAGGUGAUUUACUUGUUGAUGAUGUAGACGGAAAGCUUUUAGUUGAAUUUUUAAAUUUAUUCCACGAACAAUUUGAAUUGGUCGCCCAUGCGGGUUACGGUGUCUGUGAUGAAGAAACUAAAAAACUUAUUGACAAAGGAGUUGAGGAAGCUCUAACUUACAUUUCUAAGGCUUAAAGUUUAUAUUCAACUAGGUAAACUUCAAUCUUUCUAAGAAUUUCUUCUGUGAGAUACUAAAUUUAAAUUUGAAAAAAAAAAUGUUUUGAACGAUUACGAAGCUCGAGAGUCCCAUGUGGACCACAAGAUGUGGUAAAUUUUAAAAAGUUAAUAUUUAAGUUUACAUAAAUUCUACUGUGCUUAAAAUAAAUAUUUUAUUGUUGAUAUUCUAUUCUUAAGAGGUUGGAAGAAUAAAAUAAUGUCACAAAAACAAAUUUAAAAUUUUCUGAUCAUU